UUUUGGAUCAGCGCCGGCUGGCGUCGGGGAAGGGGGUCGGAGCUGCCCGCCGCUGUGUGCGACCUGCGCACAACUUGCGAAGGUGGCAGGUAGCGCAGGCGCAUGCACGAUGUCCCAGCAGGGGUGCCUCAAGGCCCCCGUGGCGGUGCGCACCGGCGUGCCCGGGUGAAGCCUGGCAAAGCGACGCCUGUGGUUUCGCCUUUGUGGAAGACCCGCAUGUGCGAAUUCUGGAAGGCCAACAAGUGCCAAAAGGGAGAGGCCUGUUCCUAUGCUCAUGGCGAGGCCGACCUGCGGCCCUCGCCGGACUUCGAGCGCACGUCGGUCUGCCCGGCGUUCCUUCACCAUGGCCGGUGCGACAAACCCCAUUGCCGCUAUGCGCACUCGGUGGAGGAGCUCCGAGUGGCGCCGAAUUUGCUCAAGAGCAAGAUGUGCAGUUUUUAUUUAUCUGGCCGGUGCGUGGUGGGCAAAGCAUGCCGCUUUGCCCAUGGUGCCGAGGAACUAGAGGAGGCAACCGCAGUCCUGAGCAAAGCCGCACCGCAGGUGGCCCCUCUGGUUGCGGCACACCCGCUGGAGGCCGCUGCGCAGCCUGGUCGUCCGCCCCGCUUCGGCGCACGGUUUCAGGCGGGGCCGCAGCCUUUGGGCCUCGCGGCGCCGGCGCUCCUGGUGCCGUUGCUGGAAGUGCAGGAGGUGGGGGGAAGAGACCCAAUGACCAAAGUCCCGAAGUUCGACCGAAGUCCGUCGAGUUCCAAAGAGAAGUUCGGGAAGUUUCCCAGUUGCGGUGGCGGGCCUUUAUUUGAGUGCACGGAUAUGCACGGUGCCCAGAGCUUCACUUCACAGUUUCUGUUGUCUUGCAGCUGGUCUUCAGUGGCAGCUUGCCUUCUCCAGCGGUGGUGUCUGGCCGAAAAGAUCCAAAACGCUGGACGCUGCAUUUCGCUGUUGCGUCGGUCGCGGGAUCGGCUGCCACGGCUGCCACGGGUGCCGUGGGGCCUAAGCCCCAAAGCGGGACAGAGCGACGGGCGCUGCGCCGGUACAGCGUGUGGAGACCUUGUCGGAACAGCGUCGCAACUGCAGAUUCUGUUGGCCACGUUUGGAUUCCGAAGUGGCUUUGCGAUGCUUUGUGAGGGGUACGGGAUGGUACGGGGUCCAUCGCAUCGGUGGUUUGCCUCCGCAAUAGGUGCGAGAGGAGGCGUCACCCGAAGGUCCCUCUCCACCUCGGCAGGUGCGCAGGAAUGGACGGGGACGCAGAUCGACUCGGACUCAUCGGGUCAGACCAAAACAACGGUCUCGAGGCCAUAUGACGAGACUUUGAAGCCAAUGGAGCCCAUGAAGGUGGUUGUUGCAGCUGCCUGGGCUGACGAUUUGAACGACUUGAAGGCGGGACUGCGGUCGGUCCGAGCUUCGCCUGAGGAGACUGGUGAGGCCUUGUCCUCCCUGAAGGAGAGCAAGGGGCCUGGCCAGGCACUCAACGUCGCGCGCUCUGCGCUCAAGCAGUCGAUUCCGUAG